CUCGUGGACCAUCAGUAGGCGAGCAGCAUCCUUGACGGCCGGUCCGUCUGCAGCCGAUCCCUUUUAUUAUUAUUAUUCUCCUUCUUCUUCUUCUUCUUCUCCUUCUUCUUCUUCCUCUUCUUUCUCUUCUUCAUUUCCCCUUCCCUCCUUUUUACCCUUUAUUUUGCCCCCCUCUUUUAUUCCGUGCGUGUUUCGCCUCGUCAUUUCUAAGCACUUCUCUCUGCUAUUCAGACAAACGUACAAAACAGACGGACCAGCAGACCAGCUCGUAACGAGGCUUUGCGCCAUUGCGCCAGCUCCCAAUCGGUUACCUUCCUUCUUGCCCCAGUUGCCACACACACACCAGAAGAAGAAGAAGAAGAAGAUCUGCCACCAGUUAUAUUUCUGUCGGCUGAAAUCAUUUUUUGUCGUCGGCGAUUCAUUCAAUUCGGCCGACUGCCCCCGGUGCUAACGAUGGCCCACCGACAAGAAAGAAGACCAAGUUAUUGGAGCGGAGGCCGACUGACGUGCACGACCACUGCCGGGACCCUGGUGCUGACGACCGUGUGCUGCUGCUGGUGUUUCGGCCUCCUGGUCCAGCCGGCCAGCUGCGGCAAUCCAGACGCCAAACGACUCUAUGACGACUUGCUCUCCAAUUACAACAAGAUUGUCAGACCCGUCGUCAACAACAGCGACGUCCUCAAAGUCCGCAUCAAGCUCAAAUUGUCGCAGCUCAUCGACCUGAACUUGAAGAAUCAAAUCAUGACGACCAACCUCUGGGUGGAGCAGUAUUGGUACGACUACAAACUCAUGUGGGAGCCAUCCGAGUACGGUGAGGUGAGCAUGCUCCACGUUCCGUCCGAUCACAUCUGGAGGCCGGACAUCAGCCUCUACAACAACGCUGACGGUCACUACGAGUUGAAAUUGAACACGAAAGCCAUAGUGCACCACAACGGUCUGGUGGCGUGGCAGCCGCCGGCCACCUACAAGUCGGCCUGUGACAUUGACGUUGAAUAUUUCCCGUUGGAUAUACAGACCUGUUUUCUCAAACUCGGGUCGUGGACGUACGCGGGUUACCAGGUGGAUCUCCGUCAUCUGGACGAGGUGGAAGGGUCCAACAUCGUCGAUAUCGGCAUGGAUCUCAGCGAGUUUUACAUGUCUGUCGAGUGGGAUAUUUUGGAAGUGCCGGCAGUCAGGAGUGAGAAGUUUUACACAUGCUGCGUCGAGCCCUAUUUGGACAUCACGUUCAACAUCACCAUGCGUCGCAAAACGCUCUUCUACACGGUCAACCUCAUCAUCCCCUGUAUGGGCAUCUCCUUUCUGACCAUAUUGACAUUCUACCUGCCGUCAGAUUCCGGCGAGAAGGUCACGUUGUCCAUCUCGAUUCUCAUUAGUCUUCACGUGUUUUUCCUGCUGGUCGUCGAGAUUAUCCCGCCGACGAGUCUGGUGGUCCCGUUACUUGGCAAAUAUUUAAUUUUCGCUAUGAUUCUCGUUUCCAUCAGUAUUUGCGUGACGGUGGUGGUGUUGAACGUUCACUUUCGAUCGCCGCAAACGCAUCGGAUGGCCCCGUGGGUCCGGCGCGUUUUCAUUCACAUUCUGCCCAGGUUGUUGGCCAUGAGGAGGCCCCAGUGCCGGAUUGACGAGCACUCGAAAUUCGGGCGGCACGUCGUCGUGCGGACGUGCAACGGCUCGGAACUGCGCGACGCCAUGGCGGGCGACAAUGGCGGCGGCGAAUACAUGCGCCGGGCCGCCAAUAAUCGACAAGGCGGCCUCGCCGGUUCCAGUUUCGGCGCUACUUCAAGUCGGGGCGUGACGACGGAGAAUCUCUGCCGCGUUCACGGCUACCCGUCGCGGCGCAAUUCCGUCAUGGUGCGGGACGACACGAUGUCGACGACGACGUUGGCCGCCGCUUCGUCGAUGAUCGGAUCGACCCGGAUAGGUGCCGGCGGAGUGCCCAGCGGCGGAAUUCCCGUCUCCGGGACAGGCGACCACAUCCGCUACAUCGGGCCGGGUGGGAUGCACUCGGCCAAAUGCUCGGCCGAUUUGCACCGCUCCUGUUUUUGCGUGCGAUUCAUCGCCGAGCACACGCGCCUCAAAGAAGAAUCCCUCCGAGUCCGCGAGGAUUGGAAGUACGUGGCCAUGGUGCUGGACCGUCUUUUCCUCUGGAUAUUUACUCUGGCCGUCCUGGUAGGAACGGCUGCCAUCAUUCUACAGGCGCCUUCGCUCUACGACGACCGCGAGCCCAUCGACAAGCAACUGUCUGAGAUCUUCAGCACGGUCAGGAAUCGGCACCAGCAGAAUAAGAAUCCUUUUUAAAGAGCGCUGGAAGGAUCCUUAAAAACUAUACACAUGCAGCACUCUCUCUCUCUCUGUCCCUCUGUGUAUACCAUAGCUUGUAGUCCUAUACAAAGCAACAACAACAACAACAACUGAACAAACCAGAAAGAAGAAGAAGAAAAGAAUCGAAAUCAUCGCUCAGUUGUCCGCGCUCUGUUUUUUGUUUAAUUUUCUUUUUGAUUCCAUAGUAUUUAUACUACUGUUGUGUACACCGGCGUUGCGAAUCUUGUAUAUAGAUAGGCCAUUUUUCACAACUUAUUUGGAGAUUU